ACUAGUCUCUUCAACUAUCAACCACAUACCCGUCUACAGAUUCCUGGAGUGUGCGGCACAGCAAUUUAUUCCAAAAUGUUGCAGUUUUUCCUGAUUCUCUCUGCAGUUUAUGCCAUGGGCAUGGCAGCGCCUUUACCUGAUCUUUUCUCUUACUCACCUGCUGUUGGGGACGGCAGUGGGAUUGAAUUUUCCACUGCCAGUGAGGGUCGCAUCACUGGUAUCAGAGUCUGGGAAUACAAUAACUACUGGGGCGGAUAUAUCUCUGGGUUCCAGCUGAGGUACGAGAGUAACUGGACAGCAGAGGUUGGUGUAAAUAGUGGCAAUCCGAUGGAAAUGAUACUCUACGACAAAGAAGCAAUUAUUCAGGUCUCUGGAAAGUACUACUCUGGUUACAUCUAUGAGCUUGUGUUUGUCACUAAUCAGGGGCGCUUAUUUAAAAUGGGACAGUCUAAUGGGGCCUCGUUUAACUUCUAUCCAUUCCAGAAAGGAAAUGAGCUGCGUUUUCUCAGUGGUCGACAGAAUGGAAGUGGCAUCACCUCUAUUGGGGCUCAUUGGGCCGCAAUACGUAUUGGGAAACCCUGAAAUUAUUUUUUCAUCUUAUAUUUAAUUUAAUGUGACCUUACAGAGAAAAAUUAAUCUUGUACUUGAAUAUCUUUAAUCAUUUGAUUAUAUUGUUUUACCCGUACUAUGUUCAGGGAGUGUUCUUGUAUCUAUGCCAAUUUGUCUCAUUCAGUAAAUUGUUAAAAUAAAAAGUGUAUUAUAAAUGCAUAAAUAAGCAAUAUUAAUAUGUACAUCCCUUAAAUGUAUGAUAUAUGGAUAAAAUAAUAAACAUACAC